GUCCAGAGGAGGGUUGUUGCUUUUUCUGUGUAUGGUCACUUGUAUUUGUCAUGCAAGCACACGUGAUGAGAUCAAAGGCCUUAAAGCAGGGUCUUUCUGAGGCAGCCACAGUCUGGUACAACAACAGGGUUUAUAGUCUGGCCAACACAGUUUCAAGGAUUGUACAGAGUUGGUGGAUUGAUCAUGGCCCCUGCAACAGCAACCAAACUAGGCUACACACCACCGGAUGGAGGCUGGGGCUGGGCGGUCGUCUUUGGCGCUUUCAUCUCCAUAGGAUUCUCCUAUGCCUUUCCCAAGUCCCUCACCAUCUACUUUAAGGAGAUUCAGGAAUAUUUCUUCGUUUCCUACAGUGAGAUUGCCUGGCUGUCCUCAGUCAUGCUCGCUUCUAUGUAUGCAGGAGGACCUGUGAGCAGUUUACUUGUCAACCGUUAUGGCAGCAGACCUGUGGUUAUGGUCGGUGGGCUCAUGGUUAGCACUGGCAUGAUACUUGCUUCUUUUGGCAGGACUAUCGUGCAUCUGUAUCUUUGCGUUGGAGUAAUUGGAGGUUUGGGCCUCGCCUUCAACCUACAGCCGGCCCUGACGAUCAUAGGUACCUACUUCCAGGUCAAAAGGCCACUGGCUAAUGGGCUCGCAAUGACAGGUAGUCCAGUUGUUCUGUUCACUCUGGCCCCUCUCAAUCAGUUUCUGUUUGAUUCUUUUGGCUGGAGAGGGAGCUUCCUCAUCCUGGGAUCCAUUGUUUUGAACUGCUGUGUAGCUGGUGCUUUGAUGAGACCAGUCAACAAAAAUGCCCAAUCAAAGUCUGAUCCACCAGAAUGCAAUGGGGCAGCUGCUGAGGAAACGGCUACAUCAGACACUAGUACGCAGUCAGCUAACCUUCUGACUAAAGAAAACCAAGAGGAGAGCAGGAGUCAGGGCUGUGUGCACAAAAUCAUAGAUCCCACACUUUUCAAACACCGGGGCUUCCUCAUUUAUCUCAUUGGUAAUGUGGUCAUGUUCUUUGGGUUUUUCGCGCCUGUGGUCUUUCUGGCUCCGUAUGCCAAACAUCAAGGGAUUGAUGAAUAUUCAGCAGCUUUCUUGCUCUCUAUUUUUGCUCUGGUGGAUAUGUUUAUCAGACCAGCCACUGGCUUCAUUGGCAACACCAAGUGGAUUCGGCCACGGAUCCAAUACUUUUUUAGUUUUGCAGUUUCAUACAAUGGUGUGUGCCACCUUAUAUGCCCACUGUUACCUGGAUAUGUGGGUCUGGUUGUUUAUGCUAUCUUCUUUGGUUUGGCGUUUGGAAUGCUUUCUGCACUACUUUUUGAAGUUCUGAUGGACCUUGUUGGAGCUCAUCGCUUCUCCAGUGCAGUUGGACUUGUCACCAUUAUCGAGUGUGGACCGGUGCUUCUUGGACCUCCACUUUCAGGAGCUCUGGUUGAUAUUUUCGGGGAAUACAAAUACAUGUACUACGCAUGUGGAGUGUUUAUGCUGGUGCCUGGUAUAUUUUUCUUCAUCAUGCAUUACUUCAACUACAAGAAACUGGAUGAGGAGCGGAGGCAGACUGUGGCUUUGGAGAUGAGGACUUGUGAUGAGGCAGUGCAACUUAAAAUGAGCCAGGAUGGUGACAGCACAUGAAACACAUAGAUGAACAUGCUGCCUAUGAUUUUUAGUCGAUGUAGACCAGUGUUUCCCAAACUUUUUACAGUUCCGUACCCCUUCAGACUUUCAUCCUCCAGCUACAUACCCCCCAACCCUGCACUCUUAUAUGAAUUAUUUCUGUUAGCGUAUCCCCUAUGUCACUUCGCGUACCCUUGGGGGUACAUGUACCCAAGUUUGGGAACCAAUGAUAUAGACAGAUGACACUGCAUAGACUCUUUACAGCAGGACGUACAGUUUAUGUAUUUCUAUACAAUUAUUUUCUACUUUGGAUGAGGUUGUUGGAGUCUUUGAACCUUUUCUACGCAGAUCAAGAUUUAGUAUUUUAAUGGUUAUUUUAUAUAUGUUAUUAUUACAUCAUGUGCCAACUGUAACUCUUUAUGGCCUUUGAUCAUAAAUCAUCCAGAACUGCUGCAGCUCAUUUGAAUGCAAUUAUCGUAAUGGCUCAAUAAACUAAUAUGGUUCCUCUUUGUUUCUUCAGUGGAUGAAACACUCCGAAAGUAAUUUUCCUGAGGGACUGAUAUAAAAUAACUAGUCAAACCCCACAGCAGUCAUACCACUACCGUUUAUGUCAUCUUCUUACCACUAGAUGGCACUGGACACUACCAAGUGCAACACAUCUCUCCUAUUAAACCUCAAAUAAACCACAAGCAGCUUCAUUGGUGGUUUGGUUCUUUACAGCAUUGCUUUCCAAAGUCUGGGUCGUGACCCUCCCAUGGGCUGGCAGAUAUUAUGAAUGGGUCGCCAAGGGCGCAGCAAUUCAAAUAUGAGAAAAUGAAAUGUCUGUAGUAAAGUCUACACACUAUCUCUCUUUAAAAAUACCUUCCCUGAAAUCCCCUCCUGCUGCCCAUAAGUUUAACUUUUAGAGAAAAAAAAUCAUUCUUCAAGUUAAAUACAUUUUUAGUGCCCUGGGGACCUGUACAAGUUGUUUCACUGGGACAUCACUUUAAUACAGUUAUAAAAAUUCAUUAUGAGUUCACGGAAAUGUUUUAGCGUCUUAAAAAGUCUUGGGAAACCUAUGUGUGUUUAAUAAUAAUUUUGCAUUUGCUGGUAAAGAACUGAAAUCUUUUACUUAGUCUCACUGACAUAAAAAGUAUUGUGCAUGUAACACCGGCACAUUUGUCAUACUGUAGCGUUUAGAAAAAGAACAAUGCCAUUAGUAGAAAAGUAUGCCUAAAUGAUCCAUUUUUAUCAUGUCCCUGCAAGGUGCAUAUUGACUUCCUUUUUCAGAUGGACGAAUACUGGACAAAAAACUGAGGGAAUCAAUAUGUUUCAUUAUAACCUUAGAUAACAUUAUCUGAAAAUC